AUGUUUUUCUGUAGUGGACCUCCGCGCACCUACGCCGUGUCUGAUGCAUGUGAGCGAAUGGAAGACGUGGCCAUGGCCAUGCAUCCAUCACAAUGCGUGUUUGCGCGUGUAACGUCGACUCGUGUGGCGCUAUGGAGCGCGUCACUGGGUCUGCCAGCCACGGGGCGUCGUCUUCUCGCGUAUUGUCGCCGUAGUGGCCAGUGGAUUGAGCGGUUAGGGGACAAUGAGGGAACAGACGGGCUAUUGAAGGAGCGAGGAACGUUGCGUCACUUGUGGGCCGUAUGGGUUUCGGGUAAUCGUCUUGCCGUGGUCGAGAAAGAUUCGCAAUCCGUCGAGUUUUAUGCAUUUGAUGGGCUAAACAAGUUGCUUUUGCGUGCUGAGACAUGUCAUCACGACUUGACGGACGAUGAUCUGAUUUCACUUGAAGAUGCAACUGUUGAAGUUGCCACUAAAUUGGACCACUUGUCAUCCACUAAAUCAGAGCAAAAGGAAACCGACGACGGAAAAGACGGAACAAAGGCAACUUCAACGAAACUUCAACUUGUAGCCAAGUAUGUUGAAGAUUAUCCACUUAAUCAGGGCGAGUCUCAAAGUGAUUACGAUGAUGUCGCGGCCUCAAUGAGUGCGGUACCCGGCAGUAAUUUCCUGUUUGUUGGCAUGGCAAGUGGUAUGAUUUGUGUCGUGGAAGUUGUUGACGUAAUCAAUACAGACGAUGGCCAAACGUCCUGGUACAAAAGCACUGCAAAUGGUUCCACCAAGAUUUGGAAAAUUGAUGUUCGAACGCACUUGGCAAUGCCAAACGACACGGAGUUACCAAGUUGCUAUGAACUCACUUGUGCUUCGGCUGAGUUGCCGUUGCAGAUUACGUCAUUGUACCUUGUAGCCAGUUUCAAAGGCGGAAAAUGUUUUAUAAUGUCGCUAUCUCCUUUUCAGAAACGGAUUAAUCAUUUACUAUCGUUGAUUAAUACGGAGAGGGACAUAACCGCGUCGACUGGCGGUAGUAAUGACAAUGGUCAUUGUACUUCAACCUCAUUGGACAAAAGUGGGUCGCAACUGGCUCUUGGCUGGUCGGACGGUGGCGUUUCACUGUUUCGAUUAUCGUUACAAACAAUGGAACAAAGUAACAAGACGACUAAGACCCAAACUGAAGUAGCUGGUGAAGAAAAAGUACACAUGACACUGGCUCUGGAACCGAUACGAGAGUUAAGUCUCGUCUCACGGGGCUACACACCAACAGAUAUUGGCUCUGUAACGGCGUUAGCGUGGUCUUAUGACGGUCAAAGUGUUGCUGUAGGUUACGAACAACGCGGUUUCUCUCUUUUCUCUAUUGAUGGAUGUCGCUUAAUGUCGAGUUUGCCUCAGCAUAAGCAGGAACGACCAGGAAAGAUUGAUGAACACAAUAUGAAAGAAGUGUGUGCUUUUGGUGUGCUUGCAUUGCUGUGGACACAAGAAAGUAAUGCAUUGAUUGUGGUGCCCCGAGGAGAACAGAGGACACAGCUGAUACAGCUACCGGAAGAUGAGAUUUUGAGAAAAGUGGAGGAAGAAACCAAUGGAGAUGUGAAAAAAGCUACACAUUUGUUUGAAAUGGUGCAAGCAAACAUUAUGAAAGAAGAAGACGGACUGUGUUUGUCUCUAUCGGGUGCACCUCGUCGCUGCGGUGCCUGGGUUCGAAGCGACAAAAGUUUUAUAAAGCGAGUGCGUGAUGGUGGCAUGGGUCCAGCGGAGACAUGCGGUCAGAUUCAGGGUGGUGACUUGCUUGUGGGCGUCAACGAUAACUUAAAGGUUGUUAACUUGUCGUUUGAGCAGAUUGUCCGUGAAAUUAAGGGACUACCAGACAACGAGGAAGUGACGCUCACAUUUAUGCGUUUAAAAUGGGAUGAAGUGUUCCCGCUGGCUGUCGAAGCACUAGCUUCACCUGAAUUUAUGGAUGCACAUGGUAUCCACUUGCUCGACGAUGAAAACUUGUGCAUUCGCGAGUAUGCGCUACGUAUGCAAGCGAUGUAUGGAGACUGCGAUUUAGACGAGCGUCCGCCUCUAAUGGAGCUGGAGUGCCGUGCAAAGUUUGAUGGAUGGGAAGCAAUUCAGGGCACUACACCGAAGGUCGCAAAGCAUAAGUAUGUGAAGCUGUUGUUUGCUCUGUUUCCAGUGUGGAAUCCAAACCAUUUCUUGAAUGUGCUAACCGAGUACUGGAAUGCUCUUCUCGCACAGAAGCUUUACAGUGCUAAACAAAUGAGACUGAAAGAGUUACAGUCUCACCGAGAACUCGUUAAGAUGCGUCAGCAGACGUUGAUUUCAUUUGCUCAGUUUGAUUUCGCAAAAACUGUACCACUUUCCGGGGGGAAAUCGUCUCGACUUGCGUUGAUAGAGUGUAAAAGCGUUCGUUUGGUGGCCGCACCUUCGCUUGAUGACCCUUGUGCUUUGACGUCCUGUGUUAAUUGGAGUGUACCUACUGAGUUUGAGAAAUGCUGUCCUCUUCGCCUCGUGGCUGUUAGCCCUAGCGGUAACCACUUGGCGGUGGCGGGACAAAGAGGCUUUUGCUUGCUCAAUAUUGUGACUGGAAAAUGGAGGAUGUUUGGCAACGUGAACGAUGAGCAGGACAUGUUUGUUUACUCGUUUUUGUGGGUGGGGAAUGAUGCGAUUGUGGUAAACUUUACGCGAUUAAGCGAAAAGCACCAGUCGUUGCACCUGCAGGCGUACCCUAGGAAUCACUUAGAUGAAGAAUCCAUUCUAGAGAAGUUAGUGUUCGCACGUCAAAGUAAAAAUGCUUCACUAAGUCGAGGAUCAGCCGCAUUAGGAGAACGGUCGCUUGGAGGUGAUGCCGAUGACGGUUUCUUAAUCAUGGAAUGCGAUAAUGCUCAGGAUAACCUCUUUUGUGUAUCCAGAAGCGAGCUGUGGUGCUUCAGUCUAAAACAAAAAGGUGUCAUGAAACAAAACAACCUUCGGAUGAAAAUUCAACUUAAACGACGGGUAAAACUGCCGUCACGGAUGGUGGAGUCGCAGCCUGUUGGAACCUGCAGAAGAAAUCCUAUCUUGGAUUUUGCUGUGCUACCACGUUUCCUGCACAUUCAAGACGAAAAACUACGAAAAAAGCAGCUGCAAGAGUAUCAGAUGGAACGUGAACACGAAAAUGAUGAUGAAGGCUGGCUUUCGAAUAUUGUGAAUAUGCUGGUUGGUGGCGAAGUACCUGACCAGUACACACCAGAAGAAGUACUCCCUCGGUUCGCGUUCGUCGAUAGUGUCGGCGAUGUGAUCAUAUGGGACCCAGAAAAUCGUUCACAGCGAUUAUUGUGCUCGAAUGUGAGCACGAUGGCAAGACUAUUUGUAUCUCCGCAGGCCUGUGCUGAGUGGCCAGCACCAUGUCGACUUAUUUACGGGUUGUAUGGUCCGGAAGGCAUGAAGGUGUGGCUUCCGCUACUGGAUGGCGUUUAUAUGACCCAUACAAAAGCUUUCGAAGAAGAUAAUCACCGACUGGAGACGUUCUUGGCUUGCCACGACCCACUGCGUGCGAAAACGUACGAGAUUGAGUUUGGUACCGCUCCAGCCACGGCUGAGCUCUACGAGCAAGUCAUCAGCGAGUACGGACUAGCCUUGGAUGGUUUCUUGUCCAGUGGUAGUGGUGUUGGGGUAGGGACCGGAAGGAUGCCUUUGAACGACGGGUAUUCAAACAUGCGUGGAUGUGUGACGUCGGUGGAUGAUCCGUUCGCGAAAGAUGGCAUGCUUCGCUUCGAUUUUGACGUGAAGGUGCUGGGCAUUGAGCAAGCGUUCGGACUGCUUGUUGGUGUCUCACAGGACGUAUAUGUGCCGUCUGGUGUGCUGAUCCCUUGCUAUGAUGUGUUCGCGCGCGUGCAGCCCAUAUUCCACACACUGCUGUGUUUCCUCGUGCAGAAUGAGCAGCUUUCGUGGGCGCGUCUCGUUCUAGACGGCAUCCGAAAGCAAUUUGCGCUGUCGACCUCGACACAAGAACUAUUUCUUCAUUCCAUGCUCGAAGCUUGCUUUGCAAAGCGAUGUUCACUAGAAAAACUGCACACAGCCGUCCAGCUUCUGCGUCCUAGCGACGAAGAGCAAUGUGACAUCGCAGAGUACUGUGAGAUUGUUGCUCACGUGGCACGUAAGAGCGAGCCGUCCCGACUGAAGGUCUUGUUCCCUACGGCGGGCGACCCAAUAGAUCUACUAAGAACUUGUCGACAACGGUCAGAGCUCCAGACGGCUGCCAACUUUCUGCUCAUCUUAGACGAGUGCUCAAUUGCGUCAGGUUCUUCUUUGCCGCAGCGGAUGGAAAGCGCAGCCGAACUGUUAACGGAGUGCGUCGAUCAGGAAGAGCGGGUACUUGCACAGCAGGUGGUGCGGGUCGCGCGUGACUGGGAGCAACCGCCAUUCGACGAGCCAUCGUGCCGAGCCUCGUCUCAAAUUGCCAAGCACACUAGCAUCGAUGAGCGGCUCGCAUCUCUGGCUUGGGACAACCUUGUUCGUGGUGAAUACGAGCGUGUGGUCUGGUGCAUUGAAGACCUCCAGGCGAAGCUCCCUUACAAGUCUUUAGAAGAGCGCCAAUCAGACGAGGACCGUUCCGCUAUCUUAGACCGGCUUUACCAGGUCUUCAUUCAGAGCAACAAGCGAAGACAGCUCAGGUAA